GUGCCCGCCACAAGCCGUCGUUGCGAUGGGUUGGCUCGGCGGUGGAUCAGGCGCUUUGCAGAGGAGAGCGCCAGGAGCCUCUUCUCCUCUUCUUCGCCGGCAGCACGUGCCGCGAUGAGGGAGCUACAUGAGGGGGGCUUCGCCAUCAUCGAGGAUGUCCUUGACUGGUGCAGUCUUGUGAAAGCAAGGGUGGAGGUGGAGAGGCUCUUCCAGCCAUCAGAGGAGGAGCAGAACCGGGCACCGUCACCCACCUUCACUUCUGCGUCUCGUGGCCAGACGCGUUGGUGCGAGAUUCUCAUGUCGCGCCUCGAGGACCUCGGGUAUCAAGCCUUGGCAACUUCUGUGGCCUUGCUCAGACAGCUGCCCAUCGCCCUGAAUGAAGAUGGCUGGCGCGAUGCCAAGGGCAAGAGGCAGAAGGCUGUCGCAUCCCAGAGCUUCCAAGCAUGUCGCUGGUUCGUCCGGGGGGAAGUCAUCCUCUGGCAGGAUGCCGGAUCUUCUGACUCAUCGGCCGUCGAGGCACAGACCAUGCUGGCUUUGGACCCACAGGCGAAUGCCGAGGGUGACGAGCCAUGCGAGCAGGCCUGUCCUCCUGAGCGUCGCAUGAUGGCCUUUCUGUACUUGAACACACCCGCGUGGCGACCAGAUUGGGGUGGAGCAUUGAGGUGUCAUUUGGGGUCCGUGUCCCGCGACGUCUGGGGCGAUGGUGGCCGUCUCGUUCUGCUACGAGAGGAUCGCAGCUACGAGUUGCUGCCGUCGAGCCAGCAGCAAACCGUACUGAUGAUGAGGCUGGAGGGCAUGCUGGUCCAGCCGGAGCCAUCCGUCCAAGAUCAAUCCAGGACCGCGAGCGAUCUCGCAUCAGCUCGUCGUGAGAAGGCUGUGCCUCUUGCGGAGACAGCUGAGUCACCGCCGCGCCUGGAGUCACCUGAGGACAGAGGUUCAUGCUCAUGGUUUCCAGAAGACAGUGUGGCAGCGAACGUUGGGACGGCGCAGCAGAUGUCCGAUGUCAGCCAGGGAGAGGUCGAGAAAGUGGAGAUGACCUCUCGGGAGGUAGUUUCACUCUUCGAGACCUCGCUGCCUGCGGCUUUCAGGCUCGAUUGA